GCAUGGAUCGCAUCGGUCAAAAUUUAGGUGACAGGAUAUGUGGACUUACGGACGAGGAACCCGACAAACCUAAGCCACCAAUGUCCCGUCCCUCUCUAGGUAGCUUGGGAUCCAUGAUUAUGGGAAUUGGCGAGGGACAGGAAAUUACUCCUCCACCGGUAGUAGAUCCUCCCAAGAGCCUGUCCGAUAGGUUGUUCGACAUGGGAUUAGAUGUCGGUCCAAGUCACGGUCAGAGGAUCGGAGGUUUAACAGAGAACCAAGAGGGAAGUGUGGGAAGUUUCUCGUUUCCGCUACCAACUCAUCAAACUUACUAUACUUUAGCCUCCGUAUGUGGCGACAAUGCUGAUGUGUCAUGUGGAGGCAAAAGAGCCGUCAGAAAAGACGGUGAAAAGACGGAAAACUUCGGUGUUGUUAUGACGGAGCAGAACAUGCAAGAUGGCAAACCGUUUGACGUGAGACUAGACAGAAAGAAUUCCAAGUGGGCAGGUUCGUUCGAAAUCGGAAUUACGACACUCAAUCAAAACGCACUGCCGUCGUUACCCUCCAUAUACAGAUCCAAAGAAGGUAUCACCUACCUGUGGUCUGGAAAACAUAUAUUGAAAAACGGAGUUCCGCUGCAGGAAGUGGAGUACGAUUUGGACGACAGUACAAUUGGUGAUAUUAUUGGGAUACGUAAAGAAGGCACUACUUUACACUUCUAUAUGAAUGGUAAACGGCUACCCAAUGUAGUAAAGAACGUAACGGUUGGGUCUUACCGUGGUGUCGUGGAUAUUUAUGGAGAAGCCGAAGAAAUUACCAUCAUGGGACACAACAGACCAGUAACCGCAAUUGUCCGAAAACGGGACCGAAACAAACAGCACAAGGAACUGACCUACGCACCUAACUCGUAUUCCGUUAUGAUGGGGAUGCGAUCAACCAUUGAUUUGCUUAAUACAUGUGAUAUCGACAUCCCAACGGCGGGGACUGAAAUCAAAACCACCAUCAUACAACCGUACAUUGAUGAGCGUGAGCACCACGAGAAGCUAGAGCAGUUCGGGGACCAUUUAGCCGACCUUGAUGCCGCUCGGGCGUUCACUAGUCUGACGGAAAGAAUUCUGGCCAUCCCGGACAGGUUGCGAUCGGAGGAUGUUUGGUCAGGCCUAUUUAAUGUCCGCAUAGCUUGUUGGAAUUACACUAAUGUUAGUCGAAAGAUGAGCGUCCAACUUGUCAAGGAGGGAUUGAUACCGUUGCUGCUCAGUGAUCUCAGAGAAUAUGGAUUUAAAAAGUCUAAAAAGGAAAGAGUGAAGUUUGCUGUGUUAUCAUCGUUGAAUAUCCUCCACAAUUGCGCGCGACCAGCUGAAAACUACCAAGCGUUCAGUGACUCUGGUGCUGUGGACGGAGUGCUACCCUUCUUGAAGUCCGAUGAUAAAGAGUACGUAAUGGUGGCCGCGCUGACAUUGUCAUAUAUUUCCGAUCCAGAGAAGAUGGACCAGGUGGAAUUUGACACCAAAGCGGUCAAACAUAUUUUCAAAGUGUUGGGAAAAGCCCUGGAUUCACCCGAUUUGUGCUGCAGAGGGAACGAGAGUGGAUACUACGUUGUGGAUUUGGUGCAAGGGCUAUCCAAUUUGGCAGACAAUGAAAGAAACAAGGUCACGUUCUUGGAAUGUGGCGUGAUGGAUUUGGUUGUUCAGACGUUGAAGAAGUGUGGACAAAUAGAACAAGAACACGCGGCUAAUAUCGUAUGGAAACUAGCUCAACAUGACGCCUCGCGUCUUAAGAUUGAGAAAAACGCGACAGCCAUGGACGCAAUUAUGAAGUGUUCAGAGAGUACAGCAGUGUAUGUAAGAGAAGCGGCAGACCGUGCCGUGAUGGCUUUGAAACCAUUCCGCCUAACCAAACAGGAUAUUGGUUUUGAAAGUUCUCAACCUCAAUGUGAAUACAUGGAUCUGUGUAAACGAUAUCUGGACACGCUGAAGAUUCCGAAGGAAUUCUUCAACCCAAAGUUCGAUUUGUGCUAUUGUAAUAAGUGCCAUACAAGUCGAGGUGACGCCCUCUAUUACGUACGUGGAGAACCUGGAAUGGUUUACGGAAUUCCAAUCACUUGGUGCCGUUUUGCAUUGAAUGUACAUCAAUCCAGAGUAGAUGCGUUGCAGGUAUUUGAUAAAUGGCAUAUUGCAUAUCACGGAACCCAAGCCCAGACCGUCAGUGACAUUCUCAAAACUGGCGAACUGUUAAUAGCAGGGGAUGUUGGUUACGGCGGUAAACAGAUAAAAGAAGGCGAAGGUCAUUAUCAUGAUGGUUGGAAACCGCAUAAAUUCGACACAAAGAACAUAUUCUUGUCACCAACGAUUAGAUACGCUGGACUUGAAGCAUACUCAAAACCCUUUCGCUACAGAGACCGCAAAACAGGGAAAACGUACACCGCAAAAGCGUCGUUCCAAGUAUGUAUUCGUCCACAUAGCUACCGAGUCGGUAAGCAAACAGUCGGCGCAACUUUUGUCUUUGACCCUAAGAUAAACAACAAUGAAUGCGAGUGGUACACCAAAGAACGUGGAGCUAUAAUUCUCUACGGUCUACUCAUUAACGUGAGAGAAGGUGAAUAUUGA